AUGGGGAAAGAAGCGUACGCAACAUUUCCACGCAACGCGGACGAGGUGGAAGACGCCUUAAUCUUGCUGAAAUCCAUCAAGGAACAAAAACCUUUAAAAAGCGGGGAUAUGACUAAUGUUAACGGCAAGACAAAGUUGGCCAACCAGUUUGAUGAUAUGAUACAUCUGAUAAGCUUUGCCGACCUAGAACUGGAUUUUUGGAGCCAACUCCUGCUCACUUGCUCGUCGCUUUCGGACUUUGACCAGAUUUGUUUGAUUGACCCUUCGGCCUUGGUUGUGAAAAAUUGUGAUUCACUAUUUUCCUACGAUCCUGCUAACAUUGUUUUUGGGAAUAGAGUGUUAAUUUUGAAACCCGGCACGGUCGAAACUGAGUACCUGCUUGAUUGUCUGAAGAAUGAGCUGGUGUCUGAGCGCACAUUUCAUAAACUGACAGAUGUUGAACUUGAACCAUUGACAACGAUUGUGUUUCUUGGAGACUCUAUGACCCCAUCCAUGGAUAAAGUGAAGGAUUUGUUUGAUUUUCGCAAUAAAAUUAAACAAAUGCCCUACUCUAAAUCGGAAAGUGGUGCAGAGCCCAUCGCUAUUAUUGGAAUGUCGUGUCGAAUGCCUGAUUCGAACAACGUGGAGGAAUACUGGAAAACGUAUUUGGACGGAAAAUGUGUCAUUCGGCCCCAUCCUGAUGGACGUUGGACUACCGAGCAAGUUGGUAAUGUGGGAAAGAGUCAAAUGGAAUGCGGCUUUGUACCGUGCCCAGUGGAGGAAUUUGACGGCGAUUUUUUUGAAAUGAGUCGAGCCGAGUGUAACUUCACCGAUCCACAACAACGAUUUCUACUUGAAGUUUCAUGGGAAGCACUGGAAGAUGCAGGAAUAAACCCGCAGUCUCUCGCUGGUAGUAUGACCGGGAUUUAUUCCGGAUGUUGGACGCAAGACUAUAAUGAACUUAUACAAAAAUUUGCACCUAUAUCUACCGGCGAACUGAGAUGGUACAUGGGAAACAGCUUUGCAUCAGGAUCCGCACGAUUGGCACACAUUUAUAAAGUACGAGGCCCAAGCCUUACAACUGAGGUUGCCUGUUCUUCUUCAUUUGUUGCAGUAGGUCAAGCGAUACAAGAUCUAAGACGUGGGGCGUCCGAUCUUGCAAUCGCCACUACUGUAAACCUUAUUAUCAAGCCUACCUUCCAGAAUGACGUCAUCCUAUCAAAGGACUACAGGUGCAAAACAUUUGAUUCUUCUGCUAACGGAUUCGCGAGAGCCGAGGGCAUUGCUGCACUUAUUUUGAAGAGACUGAGUGACGCAGUAAGAGAUGGAGACCGGAUUCAUUCAGUCAUAGUGGGGUACGGUGCAACACAAGAGGGCGAAACCAAAAGCGUCGGAACGCCAACGGUUGAAAUGGAAGCAUUAGCAAUGGAACUUGCUUUACGUGAUGCAGCAAUGAGGCCCGAACAAAUCCAAGUUGUUGAGGCACACGGAACUGGAACGGCUAAGGGAGAUCCGCUUGAAAUCAAGGCAAUAUCGAAAUCAUACUCCACCUCGGAUAGGGCAGAUCCCCUUAUCAUAACGGCUGGGAAGGCAAAUAUCGGCCACAGUGAAAGCGCAAGCGGCAUUGCCGGGCUAAUAAAGAUUACAAUGGCCAUGAAACAUGGCCUUAUUCCAGUACAAAUUGGGAUUCAAACCUUAAAUCCAGAAAUUGAUUUGACAACUAUUCCUGCCAUUAUAGCUUUAGCUGGUCGUGUGCCUUGGUGUCCUGGAUCUGAUAAGCCAAAAGUUGCUGGAAUAAAUUCAUUCGGGUUUACAGGGACUAACACACAUAUUAUUUUACAAGAAGCUCCCAAGUCAAUAUAUGAUAAUACAUUUGGUUCAGUCAUGAAGAGCAAUAUUUUAACACUUUCGGCCAAGUCGGAAGAGGCUUUGACAGAACUUGUCGAAAAUUACAAGACCCAUUUGUCAUUCAACUCGAACGUGAGAUUAGAGGACAUCGCCUACACGGCUAAUGUGGGACGAGCUAAAUUUUCGAACAGAAUUGCAAUCACAGCCUGCAACACCGAAGAAUUGAGUAAAAAACUCGAUGAAAAAAAUUGGUCGUCUGGAGUUGUACAGAAGGAACCGAAGAUCUGCUUUCUAUUUCCAGGACAAGGGAGCCAAUAUAAAGGAAUGGGUAGUCAGCUUUACGACACCUUCCCAAUUUUUAGGGUACAUUUUGAUUUGUGUUGGCAACUAAUAUCCGAAAUGCAUGGACUUGACAUCAAAGAUGCUCUUUUUGGGGACGGGAUAACAAAGGGUCACCUAAAUCAAACACUUUACUCUCAGAGUUGUAUUUUUGUAAUUGAGUACUGCCUGCUCAAAUUAUGGGCGUCACUUGGGGUGCACCCAACUAUUGUGGUUGGUCAUAGCCUUGGAGAGUUUGCUGCAGCCACUGCUGCCUCAUUAAUAACACUUGAGGACGCGCUAAGAAUCGUUGGAGCACGUUGCAAGCUAGUCGACACACUCCCAAUUGGAAAAAUGUUGGCUACUGGCGCUGACGGCGACACAUGUCUAGGACUAAUUUCAGAAUUUUUGAAGAUACGACCUACUGCCAGCACAGAUUGGUUGGAUAUUGCGGCAUACAACUCCAAACACCAAACCACUAUAUCCGGACCACCUUCUGCUAUCGACGAAUUUGCACAAUUUUGUCGGAACAAUGGAGUGAGAGCUACCAUCUUAGAUGCCUCCCACCCAUUUCACUCGAGAGGUAUGGAUCCUGUUUUAAAUGAAGUUAAAGAAAUUUUAAGGACCCUGAGAUACCAAGUUGCGUUAGAACAUUGCAAAUUCCUUUCUUGUGUGGAUGGUACUCACAAAUCAAUUUUGAGUCCAGAAUAUUGGAUUUCCAAUUCGAGAAACCCUGUGCGAUUUAUCGAAACCUCGAAAGCUAUCGAAAAUGUCAUAAUGAAAGAUGAUUCUGUUGGACAGUACAUCUUCCUCGAAGUCGGUCCACAUCCAGUCCUUUCUGGCAUAGUCCAUUCAAACUUAUCGUUUACUCCCCAAUGCAUCAAAUCCAUGAGGAGAGGUGGCAACGAGCUUCAAGUGUUUCUCGAGGCUCUUGGUGACUUAUAUGUUAACGGCGUUUCAGUCGACUUUGCAAAUUUUCAUCAAGUACAUCACACAAAGAAAGUUGCCCUGCCAUUCUAUCCAUUCCAGAGAAAAUCAUUUUGGUUUCCUUUUAAGUCCGAAACUGAUUAUUCCCCGUCCUCAAUGGAGGACAUGAUGCAUCCUUUAUUAGGGAGACAGAUAGAACAACCUCAAACCUCGGAAAUGAGUAUGAAGAGAUUUGAAAAUAAAAUAUCAGCUGAUUCAAACGGAUGGGUAGGAGAUCAUCUCAUCGGACCGGGUAUUAUAAUGCCAGCCGCAGUGUUCCUAGAGAUGACUUUGGCGUCACGUUACCUGACACUAGAUGUUGACAGUAGAAAAUAUGAUCACUUAAAAAUUAACAAUUUUAGCGUUCAAAACCCCGGCUUUCUUACAACAAAGGGAGUUAAUUAUCAUACGGUAUUGGAGGCCAACCUGGUUAAAAUUUACAGCCUGGUUGAUAAGGAUAAUUGGAUACUACAUUCACAAGGAACAAUUGACGAGUCCUGGUCGCAGGAUUUGAAUAGGGUAAAAGAUCUCAUCCCACUAUUUGAAGACAAAGAUACACCGUCAUCAAUAUCAAUGGAAGCAGUCUAUGAAAAAUUAGAUGUCGACGGAUAUCAUUUUGGACCAUCCUUUCUAAGCAUAACUUCUCGAUGGGUGGAUCAAGAAUUAAACCAAUACGCAAAGGUCAAACUUGACCAGACCGACUUUGAUGGGAGAUUCAUAUUGCAUCCCGUUGUAUUAGACAGUGUGCUGCAGUUUUUCAGGAUGACUAUGAACAAUGUACCCGAGGGAGCCAUCCUGCUUCCUGUUGGAGUUCAGCGUCUCACUGUUUACAAUAUGAAACAAGAUGACUCGCCUUUACAAUUUUAUCUGAAAAAAUGUCAUGGGUCAGAAGCAAUACAUUUAUACAAUUCGACAGGCAAAUUAUUGGCAUCAAUGAAUGGUAUCGACAUCCUUCGUACUACUUUCGCCAGUUUGGAGGAAAAGCUGCAUUCUGGUUUCAAUCAGAUUAGGCGGUGCCCACUAUAUGAAUUGCAGUGGUGUGAGGAUUCAAUUGUAGGACCAGUAUCAAUGCCAAUUUCGACAGAAGGGGGAAAACAAAGGAGGUGGCUAAUUUUUGGAUUGCAUGACACUUUUACCAAAGAUUUAAUUCGAACACUUAGCCUGUCGGGAGAAACUGUUGCAUUAAUUACAAUGGGACUAGACCAAAUAAUUUCAACCCAACAUGUUGAAACGAUGGGAGACGGUAUGGAGACAUUCCUAAACAUUUUAUCCCACUUUCCCGCAGCCGACGGAAUAAUCUUCGCGUGGGGAUUGAAGUCCGUGUUAGAUUUGUCAGUAAUUGAAAAGUGGUUUUACCUCCUCCAAGCAAUCGUCAAAUCUGCGCUAAAUUUAUCAAAAUUAGUUCUUCUAACGAAUGAAGUAAAAUGCGUUCCGAUUAAUGCUGAACAGUCAGAGAAACGACCAAUCGCCGCUGUACUUCUAGGAAUGUUUCGUUCAUUUAAAUCCGAAAAUCCUAUUCUGACUUGUAAAUCAAUUGACCUGGAUUCGCAAAAUCAAAAGAACAUUGAAAAUAUUAUUCACGAAAUUUAUGAAGAUCGAAGUGCUGAAAAGGGUAGUAAUAGUAUUUGCUACCGGGAUGGGGUUCGCCUUACUCAGAAAUUGAUGAGGCAAAAACUUCCCAUUUGCCUCGAUUUGCCAAAAACGGUCAGAUUUCGCCUACAGCUUCCAACAUCACAUCUGAUUUCAGAUCUUAAAUUUAUUGGCAUGCCACAUCUUGCUGAUCUGGCGGAGAACGAACUGGAAAUCAAAGUGUAUGCAUAUUCUCUAAACUUUCGCGAUAUUUUCGCAGUUCUAAAACCUUCAAAAUGCUUUGACAAAAUUGAUGUUAUUGGAAGCGAUUUCUCUGGAGUGAUUAGCGGAACAGGAAAUGCGAUACAUAAAUAUCAAGUUGGGGACAUGGUGUUUGGGUAUCACAGCCAAAACGUGGCACUGUCUUCUCAUAUAAUCACCACUGAAAAUAUGGUUUCUAAGUUACCAAAGUCCUUAACCCACGAAGAAGCGUCGACAUUUCCAACUGUUGGCUUGACCGUAUAUCUAUGCCUGCACAUUGUUGCUAAGAUGAAGAAAGGCGAUGCAAUCCUAAUCCAUGCAGCUUCAGGAGGGGUUGGAUUAGCCGCUGUGCAAUUCGCAAAUAUAGUUGGAGCAAAUGUCAUAGCCACGGCUGGAAGUGCGAGAAAACGAGCGUACCUGAAGCACAUCAUUGGAAUAAAGCAUGUAUUCAACUCGAGGAACUUGUCAUUCGAAUCUGACGUAAAAGCUGCAACCAGUGGAGCAGGGGUCGAUAUUGUUCUUAACUCUUUAACAGGACCAGGGUUUAAGGAAGCUUCCCUAAACUGUCUUACGAAGGGGGGAAGAUUCAUCGAAAUGAGUAAAAUUAACGUGUGGACAGAAGAAGACUGCCUUUCACUUCGACCGGAUGUCAAAUAUUCCAUUGAGGAUUUUACUUGGUCAGCCGAAAAUACAACACUAAUGUCUCACCUAGAAACCAUAGCAACGGAAUUAUUGCAGCCUUUACCUUACACUCCCUUUGAUUCCAAGGAAAUAGUGGAUGCAAUGCACUUCUUUGACCAACGAAGUUAUCUCAUAACUGGAGGAUGUGGCGGAAUAGGGUGGGAAUUAAUGAAAUGGAUGUUGUUGAAUGGGGCAAAUCGAAUUGUCCUGAUGAGUAGAAAUAUUCCACCGUUGAAACGCCAGGGCGAGAUUAAUGAGCUGAAAAAUCGUGGCUACAAUAUCGUUUGGAGAUGUGGCGACGUAAGUAAGCUGCCUGACUGUGAAUCUGUAUUUUCCUGGAUAAAGGAACAAUUUCCUCAAGCACCACUUAGAGGGAUAUUUCAUUGUGCUGGAGUUCUGUCCGAUGCCACAUUCCUCAACCAGACCAAGGAAACUUUGGAGAAAGUUCUAAACCCAAAAUUCCAUGGUGGUUGGAAUCUUCACAAACUUUCUAAACAUUUAAAUCUCCAGUAUUUUGUACUCUUUUCGUCGAUUACUUCAUUAAUUGGAACCCCUGGGCAGGGGAAUUAUGCAGCCGCUAAUGCACUCUUAGAUGAACUCUCCCACUACCGACACGCCCAAGGUCUUCCAGCUAUUUCUUUGAACUUUGGACACUGGGGGGAGGUUGGGCUAGCUGCGGGACAACAUAUUUCCGGCCUUCACCCGAUGUCCACGAAACAAGCUCUGGAUGCCUUAGAAAUUGCUUUAAAAUCAAAGUCCACUCAACUUUGCCCAGUUGCGAUGAAUGUUCCCAAAUUGGUACAACGAAUUCCCUGGAUUGAAAACUUUUUAGCAAAUAUACUGAAAUCUGAGGGUAGCCAAAGCGGUAAGACUGCAUUGGCAAAGAAAGUUGACUUCGUCACCUCAGAAAUGUUCUGGAUUGAACUUCAUGCUUGCAAAGACGAACUUGGUCGUAUUUCCAUCAUUCGAAACCAUAUCGAAAGAAUUGUGUCAUCAGUUCUUCAAUUGGAGCAAAAUAGUGGGAUCAAUCGUAGAUUUUCUGAGCUAGGAUUAGAUUCAUUAAUGAUGAUUGAGAUUAAGAACCAAACAUCAACUUUACUUGGGGGAGUCGUUCAGAUGAGUAUUAACGAAUUUGCUGAUAGCGAGGACCUUGAGAGUUUGGUUAAGUAUAUAUUCAAACUGAUCAAACCCAAAUUUUUGCCAGAUUAA